AUGACUGCUCCUUCCGUCGUCGUCCUUGAGGUGCUCUGCUUCCUCUUUGUAGCAUCUGCUGCAAACCCAUCAAAUAAACCGACGCAUGAGCCGUGUUUUCAACAUGAACAACCUGGGCGAACGCUAAUGCGUCAACGGAUGUUCCUAGUUUUGAUGAGAGCGAGCUAUGGAGGUCUUGAAGACUACCGAUGCAGCCUUGAAGAAUGCGCUAUAGCGUUUUUGAAGAAUCCUGGUGAUAAACAUAAAGUAAUCUGCAACGGCACAGCUGUCACGAUAAAAGAUUAUAAAAGUAAGAAAAGUGGGAGUGGGAAACCUAUGGAAAUUUUCCAAGAGGGUGUUAAGCAGUGGAAGAUCACAGCGGACCGGAGCUAUGGACCGUAUGGAUGCAGCUUCCGUCGAGAUAAAGAAAACAUACAUUUUGCGUGCGUUUUCCAUUCAGGCGACUUCUAA